CAGGCAACACCCUUAAUCACAUGCAUAUCUAACAAACCGAUGGAGAAGACAAAGAACGGAGCCCGAUAUUUCCGUAACCCACCACAGCCUCACAUGUGUAUCCAAGAUUUUAUUCAGGGUUCUAAGCAGCCAUGCUACAUCAAUGUAUUAUCUUGGGUUAAGAUCUCAACUCCUCGGAGGCCAGAGGAUCCUAUUCCGCUGUACGGAGGCAUGAAAAUCCCUUGUAAUACAAUUCCAAUUGAUAAGAAGAAUUUUCCUAAAAGACAGCCCUCGAUAUUUGCCGUGAUGGCAAAUCCUCAAAUUCUACGACUAAGUGGCAAGACUGCAAAAGACCCAAUGGAUCGUGAUGCUCUUGUGGACCUGAUGUUAGAUUUUGUCGAAGCUAUGAAUCCAGAAGUUAAAUUUAAACGUGAAUUCACCGUGCUCAAAGACCGUGACCUAACCGGCGAACUGAAAGACAUCUGGUUGGCCAUCCAAGUAAAGCGAGAAAGAGAAAAAGAAAAGGCAGAAAAUGGGAAGAAACUGGAAACUGGAGACAGAGAGGAAUGUAAGGAAGGAAGGAAUGAAGAGUCCUGGCGAGAUUCAGACAUGCAACAAGAAGUAAAAAUCGCUGAACUAGACAGAGCAAAAGAAAAAUGCACAGAAGCAUUACCUGUGUGGUUUGCAAUGGAACAAAAUACAGAAGAAAGAAUGAAAGAUGGAACAGAGUUUGUAGAGCCAAAAAGCACAGUACUUCGAAGCAAAGCAGAUCAGAGUAAUGGAAACAAAUGUGUCAUUUCGUGUGACGGCAACGAGGAAGAGGAUAUUACUGUAUCUUCUUUCGACGCAGAUAUCAGAAAACUAGGAGAAGCUGCUGUCAGGCAAAAGGACUCUGUGCAUGCUGCCUGCGAUGUUCCGGUGACUCCGUCCAGACAUUCAGAGGGUUCCCCAGAUCAUCAUAGGGAAGCUCAGAACGAGCGAGGAGGAGAAUUUAGUUCUGAUCUUCCUUGUGUAAAUGGGGUUAGCACCGUCACAAAACACACGGUAUUUAAAGAGGUAUUUCCCUCGUCAUCUGAUUCUUCAGAAGAUGAAGAGAAAGUAGAUUUCAGACUGAACGCUACGUGUAAGGUUAAAGAGAAUGAAACUGUUAACAUUGCCGAUUCAAAGGAAAUUAUUGGCUUGCUCCAGGAUGUCAAAAUGCCAAAUCCAAGCCAAAACUUGGAUGACACAGAUAUUGGAAUGGAUUUUAACGACGCUUCUAAAAAGAAGAAUGUAUCAGUGUCUGAUUUAGAGCUAGAUACUCAUCAGAUUCCGGUUUAUGUGGAGAAAGUGUGUAGUUACGGAAACACAAAUUUUGAAACUAGUAAUUUAAAUCCUUGUAAAUUCUUAUGCAUGAAACCUUCUGCUAUUAAAACAUUAGCUGAUAAAUGUCUGUCGGUUAAACAAAAUGUUUAUGUACCAAAUAAAUGUAAAAACCCUCAACAGGCAGAUUAUGAAUCUACCGCAAGAUGUCAGGCCAUUGUAAAUAGGUUUCCAGAUUCCGGUUGCUAGAGAUACUACCGCGUAGUAAUAUGGAGAUUGACCCUGGUGAUUAUAAUAUCGCACCAGAAAUUAUGAAGUCCGAUGUUAUAAUUCAUGAUACUCGACGCAGUUUCCACUGUUGAAAUAUAUUUAAUAACCAGAUCUCAUUAAUGUAACUAGGAAUCUUUUAUUUAUGAUGUAAAUAAGUAAUAUUUUGUGUUUAGUUCCUUUUUUAAUGGAUGUACAUCAAAACUGUUAGAGUGAUUACAGCGGAAGUUGUGUUAAUUAUGAUAUACACAUAUCAGUUGUUGGUGUUUUACAUAACUUUGUGAUUUCACGUUUAUUUCCGAGACGGAGCGAUUGGGUGUAAGGAACGAGCAUUCCAUCACCAACCAAAUGGAGAUGGAUACUUUUGGUAGUACUGAAAAAUUUUUGUUUUUAAGGCUAGUGAAAUUAAAAAGAGUCAUUAUAUGUUUUAAAGAAACGAAGGAUCUCAUCCGGAUAGCUGAUAUUAAUUCUAUAAAUCCUGAUGAAUAUGGUGACAUCCGAGUCAUAACAUUAAAAUGAUGGUAUUGCUCUGUGCAUUGCUUAACUUACUACUACAGUGGAAAUAUUGUCAUAUUCCAUUGAAUAUGUUUGUGAAAGUAUUUUGUCUUAAGUUCCUAAUAUUAGUCAUUUCUUACUUUUUUAUUAUUGUAAAUGUGCCAUUUUGUUUGUACAUGUUGCCUGUGAUUAAAGAAUUUGAUUGAACCACAUA